AGGCGAAGGCGCCGUGGCACGUGAACGCGGUGCGCGCUUUGCUGGUCCUGGGCCCCCUGGUGGAGCUGCUGGCGGCCAUCAUGUGCUGGGGCGUCUACAAGGACCAUUUGGCAAACCUCUCCUCGGACGAAGCGUUCUUGCUGAACCAGGCCGAGGUGGUCAGUGGAGCUGUCUAUGGCACCACAGGCGGCGAAGCCGACGACGCCGCAGCGCCCCGCGAGCCUGGCGGCCGCCCGACGCCCGCGGGCUUCAGCGCCUUCCAGGGCACCGCGCGGCGGCUGUCCGGGGCGCGACGGCCGUAGGAGGGGGCCGCUGCAGGACCACGCGUUGCCUCUGGAGGUGCGGGAGGUCCCCAGACCGAUGGGCCUCGCGCAAGCCGCCGCCCCAGCGCGGGGUCGCGCGCGCCUCUCGCGCCGACCCUCCUCUCUCGCGGCUGCCGUGGCGACGGAGAACGCGAUCCUCCCCAAGACUCUCCGCGAGACUCCCGGGGGCGCCGUUGGGGACGAGAGCAUCGACUUCGGCGAGGCCCUCGCGCGCGCCGACGGCAGGAUCCUCGGGCUUCGAGAGGCCUCGGCGCGCGGCGCGCGGCGCCGCGCCGAGUUGCCGUGCAUUUUCUCUGGGGAUGCCAGCC